AUGCUUGAUGGGGGAGCAACAGUCUCUGUGAUAUAUGACAAAAAGUUAAUUCACAAUUUUACAUCUCAAUCUAAUCAAAUUCUUGUCGACGUUCAACAAAACGAAGUCGCCGUUAAAGGUGAGGGUAACUUAGAACUCAAGUUUAAGGGCAAACGAAUUUCCCUACCCGCCAUAUAUGCACCAUCAACACACACCAAUAUCAUCAGUGUAGAAGAUCUAACAAAAUCACAGGCGUAUCUAGAUCUAAGAAGGAACUGCCUGCUAUCCAAGAACGGGAAAACCAUCGCUCCGACGCACAAGUUCGCGGGCCUAAGGUGGUUAUCUCGCAAAAAUGCUAUAGAACUACCAAACCAGACUCAAUCAGUCUACGCAAUCACACCCAGAUCGGUAAGAUCUGCGCCAGACAAGUUCUCUCUGACAAGCAUCCACAACAUGUUUGGACAUAUGAAUAUCAAUUACAUCCGAGAAUCAUUCAGAAAAGGCUUAAUUCAAGGUGUGAAAGAAGACGAUGUAGACUGGACAGGAGUAAGCUCAUUCCAAUGCCAAUACUGUAUGGAAGGAAAAGCCAAACGUAAUAACCAUUACGUGAACGCUAGAAAAGAUUAUACGAAGGAAUAUCUUCCUUUCGAAUACUUGCAUACCGACGUUUUUGGACCAGUAAGAGUACAAAGAACCCGUACUACUCCAAGGUACUUCAUUGCAUUCAUAGACGAGGUCACAAAAUACAUAUGGACCUUCCCGUUACUACAUAAAACAGCAGAAGAAGUAGCCCCGACAUUCAAGGAAGUCGUCAUGCUGAUUUAUACACAGUUCAACACGAGAGUGAAAACCAUCCAAAUGGACAAAGGAUCGGAAUACCUGAACACUAAGGUACAGAAAUUCCUAAGGGAAAGAGGAAUUGUUUCGAGAGAAACGACCGUUGCUGAUUCAAAAGCAAAUGGAGCCAUAGAAAGACAGCACUAUACACUCUUGAAUGACUGUAGAACGUUCUUGCGACAAGCUAACCUACGCCCUAGAUUGUGGUAUCAUGCCGUCGUAUACUCUACAGUAAUGAGAAAUUCACUCCUAAAUAGAAGUAUAGGAACGUCCCCGAGAAACAGGGCGGGGAUGUCGGGACUGUCAUUCAGAGACAUUCUUCCCUUCGGACAACCCGUGAUUGUCCACUUACCCAACCCAAAAUCGAAACUACAAGCUCGAGGAGUCCUAGGCUAUGCUCUCCAUCCAUCCACUAGAUCAUACGGCUACAUCAUAGUCGUAGGAAAGAAGAAGAAAAUACCUAUCGACACUCGAAACUACCGAGUCCUGAACUACCCACCAGGUGCAACAAUCUCAGAAGAUGAGGUACAGUACAUGAUCGACCGUAUGGAAAAUAACGACGCAGAAUCUCAAGGCGAUAUAGAGUCGAACUUUGAACCAAAUUAUACGGAUAUGGAGCAACCCAUUCACCACACAGCGGACUAUUUCCCGAACACAACCGCCUCAAAUAUCGAGACAGACCAAUACAAUAAUGAUAGCUUUGGUCUGCAUUACGGGGGUGAUUCCGUACCACCCGAGUCGUCCAGUAGCGAGGACGAACUGUUCCCCACAGACGAAUCAGAAAACGAUUCAGACUCAUCGGACCAAUCAUUCAAUGAUGAUGGAGACCCCAUGUCCCCUCCAUAUUCCGGGGGUGAGGAACAGUUAGUACCGACAGCAGCCCCGAUUAGACGCGUUCCACCAAUGGAACCACCAUCUCCUGUCGAGGACUCUCCCCCACCGUUAUCUGGGACAGACCUUGACGACUUAUUUGGAGAAUCUAACAUAAAUAAUUACAUCCCAGAAGAUACAGAUCUACUGGCACUAAACCAUGAAUCUGUUCCGGAACCCGAUACCGCGGUACCAGCAACAACGAACAUUGAACAAGAUAAUGUUCUACCAUUAGAAACUAACGAAAACUCUAACCCUCCAAAUGAUAGCUCGGACCAGUCAGGCGACGAGUCAGGCGAACAGUCAGGCGAAGAGUCCGGCGAGGAGUCAGUCGACAACAGACUCAAGUCCAUACCUAUUUUCAAUGGAAACAAGCACAAAGAUGCAAGAAUUGCUGAAGCAGAUUUGGAUUCUUUGUACGGGGGUGGAGAUAAUACAGAAAAUAACAAUGGACCAACUUUAGAAGAGGUGUUCAGAUCGAUCGAAGAAGAUCCAUUCAUGCUAACACAGAAAAGACCGAGAUCACGUGCCCGAUAUCGAGAAUCUAACCAAGACAGUUGCGAUUCCGGGAGUGACUACGAGUCAAGUUCAGACUCAGACGGGUCAUCUGACGAGUCACCUCAGAAGGGAAGAAAGAUACAACGGGUAAACUACGUAAACGCGGUUCAGAAACCUGUGAGUGUGAUCCCAUUGAAUAUGUCCUUGAACUAUUCCCAGGCAAUAUCUCGGAACAGAAACGAAGAAGAGAAGGAUGCUUUCCAGAAGGCAUACCAGAAGGAAAUAGCACAGCUAACCAAAAUGAACACAUGGAACGAAGAAUUAAUAGAUGCCUCUACUCUUCCUAAGAAAAAGAUUCUAAACUCAAUGUUCAUUUUCACCACUAAAAGAGAUAACUCCAAGAAGUGCAGACUAGUCGCUAGAGGUGACCAACAAGCCGCAGACACGUAUGACACUGAGCUAAAGGCAAAUACAGUGGACAACCUAGCUCUCAUGACAGUCUUAGCACUGACACUAGACUACAACCUGACCGCAUUCCAACUUGACAUCUCAUCAGCUUACCUCUACGCUGACCUUAAGGAAGAAUUGUACAUUAGAGCACCACCACACAUGAAUGCCAAGAACAAGGUACUAAGACUAAAUAAAUCACUCUAUGGGCUAAAACAGAGUGGAGCAAAUUGGUACGAACUAAUCAGAUCGUUCCUAAUUAAGAAAUGUGACCUGAUUGAAGAUAGAAUGUGGAAGUGCGUUUUUAGAGACAAAGAACCGCUGAAACUUAUUAUAUGUCUUUUUGUCGAUGACAUGCUGGUUGUAGGAAACGACGUCAAGUAUAUCAAGAAAUUCAUAUCAAAGCUAUCUAAGAGAUUUGAUACAAAGAUUGUAAAUGAUGGUUCACACAGGCCAGAAGAUGGAGUAAACGAGUAUGACAUUUUGGGCAUAGAAUUAGAGUAUAAGAAAAAAGAAUACAUGAAGUUCGGAAUGCAGAAGUCUCUAGAGGACAAGCUGCCACAACUGGGAAUACCCCUACUCCCAAACGCUAAAAUCAGGAAGGUUCCGGGGGUGCCUGGAGACUACAUCUUCUCAGGAAAGGAACUGAAAUUAAAUGAAAGAGAAUAUAAAAGCAAAGUUAAACACCUGCAAAGAAUUGUAGGACUAGCGUCCUACGUAGGACAUAAGUUCCGGUUUGACAUCUUGUACUACGUGAACAUCUUAGCACAACAUCAACUGUAUCCCAGCGCCAAGGUCCUAGACAGGGCUGCACAAUUAUGCCAAUACUUGUGGGAUACAAGAGAUAAGAAACUAGUUUGGCAUUAUUCUGGUCCCAAGGAAAACAACGUUACCGCUGUAUCAGAUGCAGCAUUUGCAGGGAACCAAGAUUUUAAAUCACAAUCAGGAACUCUUUACCUGAGAAACAACAAGCCCAUAGCAGCCAAAUCAAGAAAAAUCAAGUUAACUUGUAUCUCGUCCACAGAAGCCGAGAUAUACGCAAUCAGUGAAAGCCUGCCAAUACUACGUGGGUUAGAACACCUAGUAAACAAGUUACAAGACAUAAAAGCAACAGUAAAGGUUAAAACAGACAGUCAACCAUCAAUGGCAAUAAUAAACGGCACGGAUGACUCAGCAUGCCUCAAGAAACACAUUGGUAGUAGGGCAAUGAGGAUAAGAGAUGAGUGCGAUGAUCUCGGACUUACACUCGAAUAUAUCCCCACAAAAGAAAACAAUGCUGACGUUUUAACCAAACCCCUAUCCGUGAAGCUAUUCAAACUUCUCACAGAGGACUGGAUACAAUAG